AUGUUGAGCCGCUGUUUGCAGUUGGCUAGCUAUGAGACGGCCACUUUGGAUAUCGAACACUGGGAUCCCUUCAUGGAAAGACGUUUGACAAAACGCUUAAGAAGGCCAAGUUGCAAUGGCAACCCGUUGGAUCUCUUGUCACCAGCGGGGAUGGCGACCUUUCUUGCUAUGCAGCUGAUUGCCGCCAAAGGAGGAGUGUGGGUAUUGGAACAGCCCAGUUCCAGCCUAGCAUUUCGAAUGUGGUGCCAUGUGAGCCCCAUCAAAGGCUUCAAUGACCUGUGGGAAGAUGCCAACAUGGAGGCAGCCAGGAGACGAUUGGAAGAGCUGAAGAAGGCCAAGCAAGGAGACUUGCUCACCAAUGCCUGCUUUGCCUGCACCUACAUUAGCCCCUUCAAACGGAGAGAAGGUAGCUGCGGCCAAGCUGCAGAAUGCAAUGGAUGCUGCAUUGCGCCGCAUCUGCUGCCCGAAGCCUGGGUCAGGGAAGAGUUCAAGAAAAACAUCGAGCACAUGCAGAAGAAGCGGGACAAGUAUCAGCCGAAGAUCAAGGAGUACUGGGUUGAUGUGUCUACUACUGGUAGCUAUGAGAAUGAGAACGAGGAAUCGUUUACUGAGCGAACUAUGGGGGAAGGGGUUGCUGACUCCUUUGAGCUGGGGUUGGCACCGGCUGAGUCGACCGCUCAUGAUCCAGGCGAUGCACCUGAAGAGGUGACGGACUUGGAGCAGGUGGAUGACGAUGGGGAUGAGACUGCAUCUUCCAAGUCAAAGGUCCGGGUACCGGGUAAACAUGAUGUUGAAGAGGAACACACCCUAGAGGCCAUUGAAAAUGUGAGCACCGUGAUGGCCAACAUGCUCAGAGUGCAGUCGAAAAUGGAAACGGCCAGAGACAAGUUGGCGGCUCUGGGUACCAAUGAAUGCGUAGAGAGCCAAAAGAAAGUCGAAGGAUUCCGUUCCAAUCUGAUGAAGCUUCAUGAUGAUUUGGCCGACCUCAAGUCCUACUUUGAUGGCCAGAAAGAUCGCUUCGAUGAGAAGAAGGUUCAGUGCCUCCACAAUCUUGUGCAGAAGAUCGAGACUGAGCCAACUCCUGAGCCGAAGGUGGUUGUUGAGCAGACCCUUCUGAAACCGAAAGCUCGGCAGGGAGAUGGUCCCGGAUCUGCAUCCCCCGAUGCCGCGCCGAAAGCAUCGGCACAGCCCAAAACCCGAAAGCGUAAGACCGAUCGAUGUGCAGUUGAGACGCUCCAGUGUGCGUGUCCUCCAAGCUCAAAGAGGAGAAGCAAACCACAUGGUCCUGCUGGGAAAGCUUUGGCCGCUGCGGUGGCUGGUGGUGUUUCGGAAACCGAAGCCUGCUCUAUUGCAAGGGCUUUUUGGGAAGAGUUUUCACCACAUCUACGAAACCCUGCCAAGAUUGCUAGUGCAGACCUGGUUCAAAUGGCUGCCAGGCUUUCCAAAACAGGGCACCAAAACAGGUUUGCCAACAGCUUGUCGGACUAUGGCCUAUCAGCCCAGAUACCUUUGACCUAUGUGGAUGUUGGUUUGACGGAAACCCAUCCUACUCUGGCGAUCCAGGAUACCGUUUCCUAUUACGAUAUGUCGGCCAAAUUGGACAUCUUGUUGCAAGGGAAUGGCGAGGCCCAAUUUCAAAAUUUUUGGUCAAAGUGGAGGCUAUUGCAUCCACGCCACCCAAUCUUUGAAACCCAUCGGGGCCGUGAAGGACAAUGUAUUCCUAUAGCUGUUCAUUGUGACGAGGGGUGCACGCUGAAAAAAAAAUCAAUCAUGAUAAUCCAAUACCACUCUCUUAUGGGAAGAGGCACCAGAAAGAGGAAAAGCUCUGCAGAAGAACUUGGCAUUAACAUGACUGGAAACUCAUACACUACGAGAGUGCUAUGGAGUGUGAUGCUGGGUCGCGCCUAUGGUGGUAAAAGGAAGAACCGUCCAUUGCUGAAAUUGAUAUCCCAUUUAUCCACUGAGUUGUCGAAAGCAUUUUAUGACGGCAUUCGUUUGCAACACCAUGAGAUGGGAACCGUUUAUCUCAUCCCGCUCUGUAUGAAGGGGGACUGGCCAGCUCUAAACAAGGUGGGCGGUCUAACCCGCCAUUUUGGCCGCUUGGUGACAUCAGGGGCAAAUGGGAAGGGAAUCUGCCAUAUGUGCAAUGCAGAUCGACCUGGUUUCGAAAAUUGGCAUGACCUAUCGUACGAAAACAUGAUCAAAAUGCAUGAGGAUCCACCCUUGCCAUGGAGGGUUGAGCCUUCAUUGGUCUGCUGCUACGAUCAUGAAUUUUUCGGUGGCCUGUCUUUCGAAGACUUCUGUUCGACAUGUUUUUCGGAGCUGAAGCAGUUUUGCACUACACAGUCGAAGACAUUACAUAUGACACAGUUGUCCCGAGCACUACUGGGAUUUGGCAGGUCCAGUGACUACCCAACAGCGGGAUGGUUCAAGGGCGCGGACACUGUGGUCAUAUUGGAAUUUCUAGAGUCACGCAUUGGAGAAGAGUUGAACAUGAUGAGCGAAUCAUCCAAGCCAGUUUUCCUUGAGAUUCAUGCUACAAUCAGUGCAGCCAAUGCUUUUAUGAAGUGCCUCUACAGAGCUGGGCUUUGGCUUUCCCACGGGGAAAGAGACUUUCUCUUGAAGGCUGGAAGCAGGUGUGUCAAUUUUUUUAGCAAGUGUGCCCUGAGGGCAUACAAUGCCAAUUGCACGCGAUGGAAAUUCAUGCCUAAAUUUCACCUUUUUGGUGAGUGGCUCUUCACUUGGGAGAUGCAAAAACGCCUUGGGUUACCAAGCCCAAAUAUCUUGAUGUUUUCCUGUCAAAUGGACGAGGACUACGUAGGGAAAAUCAGUGCCAUUUCCAGAACGGUUUCAUUGAGGACCGUCCAUACACGGACCCUGUCCCGCUACCUGAUUGCCUUGGUGGCGAAUUGGGAGUGA